AUGGUGUCGGCACUAUUGGUCAUGCUUCAAUUAGAUUCACAGUUGAACCAUUCAGGAAGCAUUCUAUUGAAAGUAAAUUUUAUUCCGACACCAGGACCUCUGCAGGGGAUUUGACUAGGAAAUCUGUGAAGAACUAAAGAGUACUUAACAUUUAUUGCUGUUCACGACUCUGUUUGAACUUUCACAAGACUACCAGCAUCUGUUCAAUCAUUCACACUAGUAGUACUGAGCUUUCUGCUAGUUUCUGCGGUUGCACAACAGACCCAGCGCAGAAUGUUCUGGAGAAAACGUAGAAUGGCAACUCCAGAAAUGGCGGAGGCGGCCAGCAAGGUGGUGGCAGAGCCCAUGUUCGGGGUGCUGGACAUCUUACUGAUGAGUGUCAGUCUUGGCAUCGGGGUCUACUGGUUCUUCUUCAGGGGGAAGAAGACCUCGGAGCAGCCUUCCGUGGUCAAGAAGCUGUCUGUCGCACCAACGUUAACAAGAAGCAGCAACGUGGGAUUCAUCGCAAAAAUGAAGUCAUCGGGCAAAAACUUGGUAGUGUUUUACGGAUCGCAGACGGGAACCGGCGAGGAGUUUGCGACACGGUUAUCCAAAGAUGCCCUUCGGUUUGGCAUGAAGGGCAUGAUAGCAGACCCCGAAGAGUGCGAAAUGGAGGACCUGGCCCAGCUGACGGAAGUAGAGAACUCCAUGGCCAUCUUCUGUAUGGCCACGUACGGCGAAGGUGACCCGACCGACAACGCGCAAGAGUUCUAUGAUUGGCUGCAGGAGGGAUCAGUAGGGCUGGCCGGCCUCAGAUACGCUGUCUUUGGCUUAGGGAACAAGACUUACGAGCACUACAAUGCCAUGGGCAUCUAUGUGGACAAACGCUUGGAGGAUCUAGGAGCCGAGAGAAUCUAUGAUCUGGGAUUGGGUGACGAUGACGGCAAUAUGGAAGAAGACUUUGUUACAUGGAGGGAGCAGUUCUGGCCAGCGGUCUGUCAACGAUUCGGUGUUCAGGCCACAGGAGACGAAUCAAGUAUCCGUACGUAUGCACUCAGAAUUGAGGACUUCCUACCAGAGAAGGUUUUCACCGGUGAGGUGGCAAGGCUAGGAUCCUUCCGGACUCAGAAACGGCCGUUUGAUUCCAAGAAUCCCUACCUGGCUCCGGUCAAAGUCAACAGGGAGCUUCACAAGGGAGGCGAGAGGUCCUGCAUGCACAUUGAGUUCGACAUCACCGACUCCAAGAUCAGGUACGAAGCCGGUGACCAUGUGGCUGUCUUCCCCAUCAACGACUCAGCCCUGGUUGACAGGAUAGCAGAACUCUUAGGAGCAGACUUGGACGUUGUCAUGAGCUUGGAUAACCUAGACGAGGAAGCAAGCAAGAAGCACCCGUUCCCCUGCCCCUGUUCCUACCGCACGGCAUUCACCCACUACCUGGAUAUCACCUCCGUGCCUCGCACCAACGUACUCAAGGACAUCGCCGAGUAUGCCUCGGAUCCCAAGGACAAGGAAUUCCUGCUGCUGCUGUCAUCUGCUACACCGGAGGGCAAGAAAGAGUACAGCGAAUGGGUGAUGCAUGACCAUCGCAGCAUCGUGGCCAUCCUGGAAGAUCUGCCUUCCCUCAAACCCCCCCUGGAUCACCUGUGUGAGCUCUUACCACGCCUGCAUGCCCGCUACUACUCCAUCUCCUCCUCACCAAAGCUGCACCCGACUAGCAUCCACAUCACGGCAGUGCUGACCCGCUACACCACCCGCGUGGGCCGGCAGGUCAACGGUGUGGCCACCUCCUGGCUCAAGGGCAAGGUGCCCAACGGCCCCCAGAGCAUGCCCAACGUGCCCAUCUACGUCCGCAAGUCCCAGUUCCGCCUCCCGUUCAAGCCGGCCACGCCCGUCAUCAUGGUCGGGCCCGGCACGGGCCUGGCCCCCUUCAGGGGUUUCAUUGAGGAGCGAUACCACGCCAAGAAGGAAGGCAAAGUUCUGGGCGAGACUGUCUUGUUCUUUGGCUGCCGUAAUCGCGAUCAUGACUACAUCUACGAGGACGAGCUGAAGGAAUACCAGGAGAACCAAACCCUGUCGGCGGUCUACGUCGCGUUCUCCCGGGAACAGGCUGAGAAGCAGUACGUCCAGCACAUCAUGAUGCAGAAGAAGGAGAAGAUCUGGGAACUCCUGGAACAGGGCGGACACAUCUACGUCUGCGGGGAUGCACGUUACAUGGCACCGGACGUGCAGAAGGUGAUCAGGACCAUCAUCAGCGAGCACGGUGACAAGACGCACCAGGAGGCGGACGACUACAUCAAGAAGUUACAGUCCAAAGGUCGCUACGCGUGUGACGUCUGGAGUUAAUUCAACAAAGAUACUCCCUCCCUUCCUCCCAUCACCAGCCCCUUCCUCCCAUCACCAGCCCCCUCCCUCCCCUGCCCCCAACAAGACAUCAACAGUGUAUCAAUAAACCUUAAAACCUCAUAGAUCCGCGAAAAAUCCAACCGGGGGGGCCAAUUUCAUCGAGCUGCUAAGCUCGGGAAGUUUUUUAAGCACAAAAAACCCAAAUGUUUAGCAAAAACAGGUUACCAGCUAAAAUGUCAUGCUAAGUGUACAGCCUGUGACUGGUUCUCGGCCAAUUUUUUUGUUGAACACCUAAAUUUACUAAGCAAUGUUUUCCGCCCUCAGGUGUGGGAAAACAGCAACAA